AUGGGAGGUGUUGCAGAGGUCCCAAAUAGCGAACCAGAUGCAGUGGUCUUGGUAGAAACAGCUGAUCCAAACAUCGGGGUUGAAGAAACGUUUGAGACACCAAACAGUGACGUUGUUGCUGCCGUUGUUGUUGAUGGAACUGAACCACCUCCAAAUAAACCCGUAGAUACCGUGGUUGCUCCGCCUGACAAUGAAGCAGUCGUUGUAGAUGGAGUUCCAAACAAUCCGCUUGAUGGGAGACUAUUAAUAGAGGAACUGAAAACUGCGGUGCUAGUUGUAGUUGUAGCAUUAAGUGAAGGCUUCGAUAUACCGAAAAGUCCUGAUGAAGUUGUCGCUGGAGCACCAAACAGACCAGUUGAAGGUGCUGAUGCGGACCCAAAUAUCGAUGAGCUGCUGGCACCGCAUAUAUUUGUCGACGCCCCCGUAGCAUCGGUACUAGACGCUGAUGAGUUGAAAAGAAAUGUAGAGCUGGUGUUUGCAGGCGUCGCGAAUAAGCAAGCAUUCGAAGUUGAUGUGCUUGGCGUCGAACUAAAUAAUGAGCUCGUAGGUUUCGCUUGGAAUAAAGAAAGGCUGCCAGUUGAAGUGGUCGAAGAACCGAAUAAGGAGGGAGCUGAGGCGGUAAUCGUUGAUGAACCAAAUAACAGGCCACCAGAUGACGUAGUUCCACCGCCGAACAAAGAAGAUGUCGAUGUCAAGCCACCAAAAAUUCCUGAUGGUGCAGUUGUCGUUCCAGACGUGGAUGAACCAAAUAAUGAUGUCGCUGUACUGGAACCUAAAAAACAUAUUAGUUGGAGAAAAGCGAUGAAACCAAAUUGGAUGUGA